AUGGCUCUUCCUCCGGAGGAUAGUUUUGCCUACCAAGGAAGUUCCGUGAUUGGAUCUCCCGGUCGAAGGUCAGUGGGUGGUGACACCACUGCAGAUUCGAUCAAUCUGGCGCACCUUGAGCAGAACACUUGUCGGGGCGGAGCUGGGACGCUCCAACAGUAUAACAACACAAUCAAAGUUCCUGACUCAUUUCCGAAGCGCGAAUACUACACUAGUCUGCGCCGCUUUGGUACCACUGGUCGCCAGGGAAGCAUUUCGGGCGGAUCGAUGUUUGGUGGUGGUUUUAGUGGUGGUGGGACCAACACUCUUGGUCCUGUGACUGCGGUAGGAUCUCCCUACCCUAGCGCCACCAUGGUGCGCGCUGCUACUUUCGGACGCUCCAACACCUCAGCUUCGAAAUUUAAACGCUCUGGCAAGUCUGUUGACUGUGCCGUCAUCAUGUUGGAUGGACUUCAACAGACGUUUAGCAUCGAUAAAGCGGCCUACGGUCAACAGCUUUUUGACGCUGUCUGCUCCAACUUGGAUCUGUUAGAGACUGAUUUCUUUGGGAUUAAAUUUCUUGCCCCUGACAAUACCAUGUGCUGGCUCAAGAUGGAUAAGAAGGUCGCAAAGCAAGUCGGAAGUAAGCUAAACACUGCGCGUGUUUGCGCUAAUUUUAGACCCCCCAGCCUUAGUAACGCAUCAAAGCCUUCAAAAAUGCCGUCUCUUCUUGCAGAGAAUUGGCUCUUCGAAUUUCAAGUAAAGUUCUUCCCUUACGACAUCGACUCGAUAGCUGAGGACUUGACCCGCUACUUUUUGUGCCUCCAAGUUCGGCAGAACCUCCUCAGUGGACAACUCCCGUGCUCCUUCUUCUCUUAUGUCAUCCUCGGUUCCUACGUUGUACAAUCGGAUGCGGGUAAUUUCGACCCGAAGCAGCAUCAGGGCAUCGCUUACAUCCGCGACCACCCCUUCGCUCCCAGCCAUCUACAAAGCACCGAGAUGCUCUAUCGCAUCACCGAGACCCACCGCCUCCACCAUGGCCAAUCACCGGAAAUGGCAGAUCGGAAUUUCCUCAACAACUCCAAAAAACUCGCCCUUUACGGUGUUCACAUGCACAAAGUUUUGAGCACCUCUGGAGUGGAGCACGGUCUUGGUGUGUACUACGGGGGUCUGCUGCUCUAUUUGAGUCGCAUUCGCCUGCAGCGUUUCUCGUGGCCACGAAUCAUUAAAUUGUCCUACCGAAAACGCGACUUCAUAAUGAUUGUGCGCUCUCUCGAUGAAGACCAGUCGGAGCGGACCUACGCUUUCCACUGCGCUUCGCCCCAACGUGCCAAGCGUCUCUGGACUCUCUGCGUGGAGCAUCACAACUUUUUCAGGCUGCGCAACUACGAGCACUCACGGAAGCCUAGUGUGCUUCCGGGUUUUUCCAGCCGCAAGUUCACUUAUAACCAACCCGGUAUGGGCAACUCCUUGGGCGACCUCACCAGCUCCGAGGCUGUGCCCAGCCAUCGGCCCCAACCCGCUAUCCGUCGCAUGCAACCACAACGUAAACGCAUUACUUCUACCGACCAAGCUUGGUUCACCUUGCCUCACGGUGUAAACUCAUCCGCAUACGGAGUAGACGCUUCCCAGUAUCAGUACGCGCCACAGAUACCUGGUGAUGCUUCCUUGGGUGCUGAUGGAGUCGGUUAUAGUCCCGAACAUUGGGGUGGCGGGGAGGCAGCGUGUGAGUUGCCUACCGGUGCCGCUUAUAAAAGGGGUCCCAGUGAAUCAAAUCAAUUUGGUGACUAUCAGCCGCGCCCGGUCUUCAAGCCUGAACCAUGGCGCAUCUCCACUGCUGAUCGAAGCCGCUGUCUGGGGAUUGAUGAUCGGGGACUGGAUAUAGCCUCGCAACCGGACUCGGGAUGGCAGGUUGGGCUCAAUCUCUUUUUUGCCCUUUUUAAGGCUGUUAGAGGCUGCCGCGCGAACAAGGGUGUAAAGGCACCGGGCUGCUACUAUUUUGAGGCGACGAUUCUCGAGGAUGGGCCAGUAGGCGUAGGCUGGGCGACAAAUGAAGCAGGUCUAACCUCACUAGGCUGCGAUGACCAGGCUUUCGUACUCGGCAACGUUGAAUGUGGACAUGGAGCCGCCACGCUCACCUUCAAAGGCAAGCAUGUGGACUUUUCUGGUGGCCACAUUGCUGUUGGAAAGGGCACCGUCAUUGGGUGUUGUCUUGAUCUGGAUCAGGGCAUCGCGACCUGGAAUUGCGACGGAAACGAAUGUCCCCAGGUCUUUAGAAUACCCGAGAACCUCACUAAUGAACCUUUCUUCCCUGCCGCUUCGGUGAAGGACUCGCGUUUGUUACUAAAUUUUGGUGGUAGUACCUCACCACCCCUGCGUUUUAUACCGACAAGCAGCGGCGGAUAUGGCGGUUUUGUGCCAUUAGCUGAGGUGUCUGAGGACGCUCAGGUGAGUAAUGGAAAUUGUGGCUGGCGCCUCAAUCCCUACGAUGCUACGGCGGGUGUGGAAGUUCGACCCGACGGCAUGGCCGUUCAGGCCCACUGGGGCUCCGGUUGGCAGGGCUGUCGUGCAAACAGGGGUGUGAGGGGUGAGGGCCGGUUCUAUUACGAGGCGCGGGUGGUCGAGUCUAACGGUCUCUCUCGAAUCGGUUGGACCACAGAGGAUGGUAGUCUUUUGGUGGGCACUGAUUCCUUCGGGUUCGGGUAUGGCUCCGACUGCGAGGGUUUCGGUCUCAGCGGGCAGCAGGGAAAACGCCUCCACAACAACGAAAUCGACAACUAUGGCGAGAGCUUUGGCGAGGAUGACGUGAUAGGCUGCUUCCUGGACUUAACUCAGCGUACCAUUAGGUGGGCAAAGAACGGACACCCCUUUGGGGACGCCUACCGUCUCCCUGACGAUCUAGACACCGCUUUUGCGGCCGGCGCUAGUCCCGUUGCUAGACGUGUCGCCUUCUUUCCCACGGUGGCACUUAAUAACAGCACCGUGGAGCUCAACUUUGGUGACUCCCAGUUCAGUUACUUCCCUGGGUGCUUUGAUGGUCAAUCCUUUAACUCUCCAUUAUUUUUUUUAAAGCCUGAUUGGACUCCUUUGAGUUACGUUGAUCCAGAAAAUCUGCAAGUCACCAGUCGCCCUGGUCCGAUGCACAAACGCCGAGGUUGGUCCUACGUCGAGCCACAGGUCGGCAUCUCGGGGGCCAAGACGGUAAUGAAGCCCUCUGUGGAUCGACGAGAGGACGAUCUAUCACCUGCUACGCAUGUGGCCCCUCGCCUUCACCUUGUCGGCGCAGUACCUGUUAUGCCCGGUCUCACGCCUAUGCUCUCCUCCCCCGCUAAACGAGCCCCUUUGAGCACCCCGUCCACAAACAAUGGUUUCCAUGCUAACGGGGAUCAUGCUGAGCUCUCAGAUGCUAUAGAUGGGAUUCAGCUGAGCCCGAGUCGGCAUCAGCAUCCUAUCUCUCUGAAUAGUGGUGUCGGUGAAACAGUGACGGUCCAACGUUCCGAACCCAAGAUUGAAUCUGAGUUGAUUGAGGAUGAGACUGGCAAAAUUAUCAAGCGAACAACAAAACGAACACAGGUGGUGACCACAAAAACCUAUUCAGAGAGGUUUAUUCAACCUGAGUCCUUUAUCGCCGUUCCCAACGAAAAUGACAAUGAACUGGACCAGGCUAUCUUAAAGGUUACACAAUUGGAUCCCCGAGUUUUUGUGCGUACCACCAACCUGCAUCAUUCAGCACCCCAGGUCCCUGGCAAAAGGAGUACAAACAAUGGGCGCAGCGCCCAUUUUAGCAGCACCAAUGGUGGCUCAGCCAUCAGUAACUCCACAUUCAACCACUAG